CAAAGCAGGCUGUGUCCCUGGAGAGGACUAGAUGGGUUAAAAGUUUUUGGCAAUAUUCAGCCUUUUUAGGGAAAGAAAAGCAGUAUACUAAGGCAGAGUGAGAAGAGACAACAGCAGACAGACUGACUGACUCCUUUGGCUGCUGAACUGAUUGGAAGUACAUUUUCUGUGGUAAUUUCUGGAUAUCUGCAUACUUCAUCUAACAUGAAGGUGCUGAUGAUUUUUCUGCUGCUGGAAGUUUCAAAUUUAUUUUCCAUUUUUUCCAGCACUUCCCCUCCAGCCCAUUGUCAAUGGAAUUCUUUUGGCCCUUGGUCUGAGUGUGAUGGCUGUACUCAAAAACAGAUUCGAAGACGGACAGUAGCCAUUUAUGGACAGUAUGGGGGAAACCCCUGCUCUGGGGAUGCCUUUGAAACAAGGCCAUGCACCCCUACAAGGGGAUGCCCAACAGAGGAUGGCUGUGGUGAUCGGUUCAGGUGUUUCUCAGGUCGAUGUAUUAGCAGAUAUCUUGUGUGCAAUGGAGAUCAGGAUUGUGAGGAAGAUGGUGCAGAUGAAGAUCGAUGUGAGGAGAAGAUGACUGUAUGCGAUACUGAUAAAACUCCUCCAAACUCAGAACUUACAGGAACAGGCUUUGAUGCCACUACUGGUGAGACCAGGGGAAGAGUCAUUCAUACAAAAAGUUUUGGAGGACAAUGCAGAAAGGUCUUUAGUGGUGAUGGGAGAGAAUACUACAGGUUAAGUGAAAGUAUUCUUGCUUAUACUUUCCAGGUUCACGUUCAGAAUGAUUUCAGUUAUGAGUUUUUCAACAGUAGCUGGUCUUAUAUGAAACACAUGGAGAGGUCUGAAAAGUCAAACAGUGGACACCAUUAUUCACAGAACAAAAUUCAGCAACACAGUCAAAAGAGUAAGCAGCUAAUGGUAGUGGAGAACAGCGUGGAGGUUGCGCAGUUUAUUAACAACCAGCCUGACUUUCUCACUCUUGCGGAGCCCUUCUGGAAGGAACUGGCCAACCUUCCAGUUGUCUACGAGUACAACGUCUACCGAAGACUUAUUGAACUAUUUGGGACUCAUUUCUUAAGUUCUGGAUCUCUAGGAGGACAUUACAAAGUUAUUUUUUAUAUGGAUACUGACAAAAUGAAAGCUGAAGGUGUGAGCCUAACAGACAUGUAUGAAUGCACCACAUCAGGCUGGAAUGCUUUGAUUGUGAAAAAGAAGACAGUAAAGUGCUCCAAACUGGAUGAACUUCUACAGACUUCCUCAGGAAGCAGUGGUAAUAAGAUCAAAGGAGAACCAUACAUAGAAGGAGGAAGCCCCAGUGCUGUUGCUGGCCUUAGUUAUUUAGAGCUGAAUAAUCCUGCAGGGAACAGUCAGAAAUACUCCUUUUGGGCCAGAUCAGUGACAGACUAUCCCAGAGUAAUUAAGCAGAAGCUAACACCAUUAUAUGAGCUGGUGAAAGAAGUACCCUGCUCCACAGUCAAAAAGCAUUUCCUAAAACAAGCCAUUGAAGAAUAUAUGGCUGAAAAUGAUCCCUGCAAAUGUCAGCCUUGCCAGAAUGGUGGUGAGGCAGCCGUGGAAGGAACUCGGUGUGUAUGCUACUGCAAGCCUUACACAUUUGGAGCAGCUUGUGAGCUGGGAACUCUUGUACAGGAUCAGACAGGUGGUAUUGAUGGACAGUGGAGCUGCUGGUCUUCCUGGAGUCCUUGUUCAGAAGGAAGGAAAUCAAGGAGUCGAGCCUGCAACAACCCCUCCCCACGUGGUGGUGGGAAAGCCUGCAUAGGAGAGCAGCAUGAAAGCAGACCAUGUGAAGAUGAAGAGUUGCAGCAUUUUCGUUUGAUUGAACCACACUGCUUUGAUUUAUCCUUAACCCCUAAAGAAUUCUGUUUACCUCCUCCUUUCUUGGAAAAUGGAUUUGUUCAAAAUGCUGAAAACUCAUACCCUGUUGGGAAAAGCAUUGUUUAUGCUUGCAGACAUGGAUAUGCUCUUGUUGGUGAUCCUGUUGCUAAGUGUGGAAGUAAUCUACAGUGGCAAGUUGGAGACAGACAUUGCCAGGAAACUGCCUGUCUCCUGCCCAUCCUGGAGGGGGGUUUGCAAGGAGAGCCAUGGAAACCUGUGUAUGAGAUUGGUGAGAGAAUAACUCUGUCCUGUCCACAUGGUAUGCACUUAGAAGGGGCACAGUCCAUUUUAUGUGAGCCCAGUCUCAAGUGGUCUCCUGACAUGAAAGCUAUCCAGUGCAAGAGACCAGUACCCAGUGUGAAACCAGAAGUGACAGAGCCUAAAUGUCAGCCAUGGGAGAAAGUGCAUCAGUCACAAUGUGUGUGCAAAAUGCCCUAUGAGUGUGGUCCUUCCCUGGACACCUGUGCUACAGAUCAAAGAACCAAGAGAAACACAUCUUUAACUGUUUGCAAGAUGCAUGCCUUGGAGUGCAUGGGCAGAAAAUAUUCUCUUACUAAUGCAGAAAACUGCAAAAUAUCCCAGCGGUCUGAAAUAUCAUGUGGAUCAUGCCGUUCCUGGGAAAAAUGUGAUGUGCAAUCCAACAUCUGUGUUUGUGAUGAAGACAGGCUGUGCGAUGAGGGAGGCAUCCAGAUCUGUGCAGAAGUGAGCGGCUCUGCUGCCCAUCGGACCAUGACUGAGUGUGAGGUUGGGAAGCUCAAAUGCCAGGGAGAAACUGUCACCCUUGUCGGCAUAAGGCCCUGUGACAUGCCAAGCAAAUAAGAUAUGUUACAGUUCAUUUACUCAUUGCCAUGGGAUAUGUCAAAAUGUGUCAUCUCCUGGGUAGGACGUUUUUCAAACCUUACCUCAUCAAAUGUAAUCUUGGCCUUGAAGCUCACUGCAGCUGAUCACAGUGUGUGUAUCAGUUCUGGCUGGCUUUCAGUGAGGGCCUGAGGCUUUCUGUAAGGCAGAGCAGCACUCACUGCUAUUACUCAUGGCAGGGCUCUUGCUUAGACCCCAGACUUAGCUCUGGCAACUUUACUACACAUUUCCAUCAGAAUUUUAAAAUAUUGCUGAAGUUCAAUUGCCAAAUAGCAUUUAUAAUGAUUGAAUACCACAUCUAACACCAUAAAUACAUUUUUCAUUAACAUAUGCAUGCACUGAGUAUAUUUACAUUGGAAAAAAAAAAGCUUUCCAGAGUAAGAAGUGUGAUUCUUCUCUUUUAAUAAAGUAGCUCCUUCCUACUGUGCCUUAUUCAGUUGAACAAAUGGUAUACAUAGCACUGAACCUGUCAUUGAGCCUGAGGCUCUUAAAGGUCAAAACAAUGUGCAUUAAUAGUAAAGCCAGCUAUUAAUGAGAGGCCUUCUAUUCUCACAGCUCCCUGUACACAGAACCACUUCAUGAAAAAAUCACUAUUUCACAUUGUCAUAACUUGAUAUCAUUAUGAGCUACAUUUGUAAGUACAUCUAACUCAGUUGCAUGUGUCACAUGAAUUUAUGUUUGUGCCAAGACUAGUAUGCUUCCAAGCCAUUGCACAAGGAGGUCUUCCACCACAACAAAACUUUCUCAAAAGCAUCGAUUAGGGAAAGUGUAUCUUCACAGAAUAUGGAAUAUGGAGACAGAAAUGGAGACACUCCACAUGCAGGACCCUCUGGAGACAAUCUCCUGGACAAUCUCCUAAGACUGUUCCUAAAUAAAAGAAGCCUCUUACACUUUUUCUUUACACAGCUAAGCAUGCGGUUAUGUAUAGACAGACAGUGAGAUUUUUGCUUAGAUAUGGCUUACAUUGCAAGCCUGUUCAGGUACCUGUCCAGACAGUCUGAUCCAUUCUGACUGUUCUCAAAUGAAAACAAGGACAAAGGGCUAAAUGGGAAGUAGAUCAUCAAGUGCAGAACUAUCAGCAGGAAGCCUGUAUGCUCUUUAAAAAACAGUUUUUAUUUCUUACUAUCAAUAAAUACCUACUAAAAAA